AAAAAAAAAGUGAGCUGCCGCUGUGCUCUUUCACUAACAGUCGAAGUGAAGGGGAAGAGUGCGUUCAAGCAGCUGGAGGAAAAUGUUCUCAAUGGGACCGUCAAACGUACUCUUCAUUUCUUUCUGUGGGAUUCUUAUCCGACAUGUGAAUACACAACCCUCAUUGGAAACUUGCUGUGCCAGUGGACUGGAAUGGGCUAAUCAGAAACAAGACUGUGCUGCUCUGCCUGUCAUAUCUGACCUCCAAUUGUGUAGAAUAAUGCAGGAGCAAUGCUGUGUGGACAAGAUAGAUUAUAAUUCCUGUAUGACUGGUGUCAAUCUAGCCAAACAACAAGGAGUAUGUGGGACUGUCUACAGUGACUCAACAACCUGUGAAGCCAAAACCAUUAAGAGAUGUUGCAACUGUUGUCACAUGGGAAAGGUUGCUCAGCAGCAAGGUAUGAGCUGUGAACAGAACCUUCAGUUUGGGUACCAGUGUAGCUUGGUGUUUAGAGCCUGCUGUGUUGAUGCCCUUGAGAACAACCCUUCACUGCCUGGACAGAAUGAUACUACAGACACCACCAGGCAACUUUCCAUUGAAACAGAAACAGAAGACCAUUAUCUCAAUGAUCAGUGCAGGGGAGCAGGACAAUGUUCACAGCGAUGCUUGAUUACGGAAUCUGGAGCAUCCUGCUCUUGUUUUGAAGGAUACAAACUCAAACCAGAUGGGCGCAGUUGUGAAGAUAUAAAUGAAUGCUUAUUGGGUUCCCAUCAUUGCCUGCCUGGUGAGGGCUGCAUCAAUACACUUGGAUCCUAUCGCUGUCAGCGGGUAGUUAGCUGUGGAACAGGGUAUGAACUAACUGACAGCAAUAAAUGCCAAGACAUCGAUGAAUGUGAGAUAGGAACUCACAACUGUGCACCAGACUUUGUGUGUCAGAACACACAAGGUUCUUUUCGUUGUCGGCCAAAGACACAAUGUGGAAAUGGUUUCAUUCAAGAUGCAUUAGGAAACUGCAUUGAUAUCAAUGAGUGUGUUGGCUCCAGUAACCCUUGUCCUACUGGGCAGAGUUGCCUUAACACAGUUGGGUCCUUCUCAUGCCAUCGUAAUGCACUCAACUGUGGCAGAGGCUAUCAUCUCAAAGAGGAUGGGACUCGCUGUGUGGAUAUUGAUGAGUGUUCAGACUCAACACAGCCUUGUGGGGAAGGCCACAUUUGUAUCAAUUCUCCAGGGACAUAUCGCUGUGAGUGCAGUGUUGGCUAUUAUUUUGAUAGCAUCAGCCGAACUUGCCUUGAUAUAAAUGAAUGCAGACGCUACCCUGGACGACUCUGUGCUCAUAAAUGUGAAAACUUACCAGGAUCUUACUAUUGUAGUUGUACUACUGGCUUCAAACUUGGCACAGAUAAAAGAAAUUGUGAAGAUGUGAAUGAAUGUGAUACCAAUCCCUGUAGCCAGGAAUGUGCUAAUGUUUAUGGCUCAUACCAGUGUUACUGUCGCCGUGGAUACCAGUUGAGUGAUGUGGAUGGAAUUACUUGUGAAGAUAUUGAUGAAUGUGCUCUUCCAAAUGGUGGUCAUAUCUGUACUUAUCGCUGCAUCAAUGUUCCUGGCAGUUUCCAGUGCACAUGCCCACCAACAGGAUAUACUCUUGCUUCAGGUGGACGUAGCUGUCAAGAUAUUGAUGAAUGUGUGACUGGAACUCACAACUGCACUGCUGAGGAAACAUGUUUCAACAUUCAGGGUUCCUUUAAGUGCUUGAUGUUUGAGUGUCCCAAAAACUACCGUCAAUCAGGAAGAGAACUGCAACAUGAAAAGGUUGAAUCAAUUCGUUGCAUCAAGUCAUGCCAGCCUCAUGAUAUCAGCUGUAUUAUGAAUAAUGUCCACACAAUCUCUUACACGGUCAUCUCCCUACCAACAUACAGAGACUUCUUCAGACCUGAAGAGAUCAUAUUUCUUAGAUUAUCACCCAGUCACCUGCCAAUGCCAUCAGAGAUUGUGUUUAAUAUUGUGGAAGGAGACGAAGGCAACUUUUUUGAUGUCAUCAAGCGAGUGGAAAACAACAUCAUAAUGGGUGUUGUUCGCCAGGUGAAGCAGAUAGUUGGACCAGCUGAAAUUGUUCUGAAACUUGCUACAAAUUUUACUGACAGAGGAAUCGUCUCUCAUCGCAACAUCGUCAACGUUCACAUCUUUGUUUCAGAGCACUGGUUUUAAUAGGAAAAAAAUUGAAUUAUGAAAUUAUUUACUGCAACUUUACAGUUACAGGAAAAUAAACAUGUAAUUAACAGACUAACUUAAGGUUAGCUUGCUGCAUUUUAUUGAACAUAAAUCAUACCUUUGGAUCACGUACGGUAAAUGAGAUAUUGUAACGCAGAGAAGAAAAUUGUGAAAUUGUAAUACUUCAAAAUCCGUUUUAGAUCUAGAGCUGCAGAAAAUGUCUGAAAUUUACAAGGUAGGCUCAGGCUUUACUUUUUGUAGGGUAAUUAUUUUUCUCUCUAAAGCCUUCACAUGCAGUCUAUUAACAAUCAGCUGAACAUGCCUACUGUGACCAAUGUGACAAUCAUAUAUCCAAAAGACAACUUUGAAAACUUCAUAAAUACAGUAUGUGCUAAAAUGGCAAGAUACAAAUAUGGCAGGUGCCAACCUAAGUAACCUUUCAAUAAAUAGCAAAUGUUCUAACCAUUCUACUCUCCUCUAGUUUAUUUUCCCAAAAUCAAAUACAAUAUAAAAUGUGCUUUUUUAUACGCAGUAUUUACAGAUUUAACAUUUCUUCUUCUUCUUCUUUCGGCUGCUCCCGUUAGGGGUUGCCACAGCGGAUCAUCCAAAAUUGUUGUCCGCAUAUUGAUUAGGCAAAUUUUUCACCGAACUAAAAAUGAAAAAACAAUGGAAUUGCUUUUACUUUCUGUGCACCUAUAGAUGUUUAUAAUUUUUUUUCUUACUGUGCUUACAUUUAUGCUAAGACACAACUAAUGACAAGCCAGGCAAAGCAAUGUGCCGACCACUGUAGCUAUUUAUGACAAAUCCGCACAUUGCUCUUUCUCAAUCACUUUUACUGAAAUUUCAUAUUACGUGGGACGUUCAAAAAGUUUUCACACUUUUCUAUUUUCGUUGGAAACGGUGAAGGCGAGAGGAGUAGUAAUUGGGCAUUAAGAAGUUAGUACGGCGCUGCAAAAAUUGCAUCGCAAACGAAGGUGACUAUAUAGAAAACGGAUGUAAUUUGUUUUUGAAACUCCUAAUAAAUAGAGUUAGAAAAAAAGUGCGGAAACCUUCUGAACGUCCCUCGUACACGGAAAUUGUCCUAAAUUCCAUUAGAGGUAUCUGCACGAAUACAUAUCAAAUAAACUGACGAAUACUGAAGUCCUAAAGGGGCAUGAGCAAAAAAAAAUGACAUUGACAACAUGUGCCCAGAAAAGAUUUCGUAAGCAGGCGAAACUUUCCCGUACACACGAGAAAUAAGAUUUUUUUUUUCGCAUGUCUCUGUAUGGGCUCCGAAAAAAUGAUACUUUGUACAACAUUUUAACAUAUCGUAACGCCCCGAUUGUAAGGAAGACUGCUAACCAUACACCAGUAAUUAUUAAAUGCUUUUUUUUUACUGUAUGCCCCGCUGGAUGCUAAAUCAUCGUCUCGACCUCCCGUUGUAUGGCUAAGGGAGAUGCCGUCGCCACCGACAGUUUAAAGAUUAAAGGCUUCAGGCGCAGUUCGGCAUUGCAGAAGCAAUCGCUUAAUCUCGUUUUCGCUGACGUUCUACAAAGUUCGACUCUAGGUAGCUGUCCCGGUCCUUUUUUAUGUCACUCAUCGAUCACAGCUCCGCCCCCUUUUUUUAGCAGUUGUACGGACCUCACCUGUACGGUUUCCUCGAGGGAUCUUGCGUUACCACUAUUAAAAGUUAUGGAUAGAUUUCAACCGGAAAAGGUCAGAGUUUUAAAUUGCAAAGGAAAAUUAUAAAGAAAUGAAGACUUGCACAGUGAAACCAGGUGAAAUGUAGUUAACUAACUUAAAAAAGAUUCAUUAUGAUUUUAACUGUAGAUAAUAAAACAGUAUCUCAGUUGUCUACCCAUAUACUGUACUGUACACCUGCCAAGACUCUAACUGCUGAAGACUUUAAAAAGAAUGGCAUCAUAUUGUUAUGCAGGUCUACAUUAACUCCAACAGAUGUUUAUAACUGAAAACAACCAUGAUUUUAUUUUACAUUGCUGAUAGAAUUAAAAACAAACUAUGAUACAAUUUCCACUUUAACUGUAACCAUAUUCAUUGUCUAGGGUGACAUAAACAACCAUCUGUCUGUGUGCAGUUACAUCGCAUUAAAACAUUUACAGAUGGAAAGAAAGAGCAUUUUGAAGUGUAGAAACUGUGAUGUAGCUUAUGCUUGUUGAAACUGCUAUGUGGUGUGUUUUUUAAAUAGUGGUUUCUUUUUCUGCACAACAUCAUAUAAAGAAUGUUAUAUUAUUUUUUACAGGGUUUCAAUGGCCUGUAUUGCAUAACCACUAUCAAACAGAUGUUGCAACUGUGUAAUAAUGAUAUCCUAUGCAAAUAGAAUUUAGCAACAAACAACUAACCAGGUAAUAUUAAAAUAAGUAACUGUAUACUAUGCUAACAAGUUAAAUUGUAAUAAAUGUUAUCAUCUGCAGAUUUUUGUCCAAUAGAAGUAAUUCCACCAUUUUACAGUAAACUAUAGUACUGUGAUCUAAAUGCAUAUUCUAUUGCUCUGAACAAAUUUUAAAAGCAAUUUUUUAUAUAUUUUAAAGUUAUGUCUUUCCAUCAUUUAACCCCCAUUAUAGAUGUUAAGACUUACUGAGUAUUUAAUUAAGAAGGAAUGAUGUUGAAUGUACUAAAAUAGACUGUGCCAAAAAUAUGACUGUUUGCUUUCUAGAAAAGUAUUAAAUCAAGUAAUAUGACUUUACCAAACCAUCAAUAAAUAAAAAAUAAAACAGAUUUUAUUAUUAA